AUGGGAAUUAGUGUCCAGAUUAAAGCAAAUGUUCUGGGACCAGUGGUCUAUGGAGUAUCUAUGUUAACACUGUUAAGGAGUAAUUAUAAGUCGAUACAGAUCUUGGGUGAUUAUUGGAUCACCCUAGUGUUUAGUUGCAAAAUCAGCAUAAACAUCUUUAUGGGCCAUGCCUGGUUCCUAUUGGUGCACGAAACAAACGAGGAAGAGUCAGAGGAGCCGCCUGAAGUAAGCCCGAAAAUUGAAGAAGAAGAUUUGAACAAUCUAACUAUUCCGGCAACUUAUACUGAUCUAGAAUCAGAAGAUUCAGACAUUUCAGGCAACUCAGAGGAAAACAAACUAAAUAACACAAUAACCAUGGCCGAUGAAUCAAUUGCCCAAAGGGCAUAUAUCAAAGAAAUCUCUAGUGCCAUCCCAGAAUUCAAUGGCCAGAAGUUACAUCUACAAAGAUUCGUAACAGCCUUGAAGGUUCAAAACGAGACAACCAUAAACGACAUAAUCAAAAAACUUCAGGACACAGUAGUCGGCGAAACAUCCGAUGUAAUAAAGGCCAAAAUGGCCAAGACUGUCCAGAAAGGCAAAACUGCCGAGAAGUUUACAACAGAUAUCGACAACCUACGGAAGCUCCUAGAAGCUUCAUAUAUAGAUGAAGGACUUUCAGCUGAACAUGCUGAUAAGUUCAGUACAAAGGAAGCCAUCACCACAAUGGUCAAAAAUUGUGAGCAUGGCAGAUUAAAGACAAUAUUGGAAGCUGGCAACUUCACGACCAUGAAUGAAGCCGUCACAAAGUAUAUACAAUGUAGUACUGAGAUGACGGGUAACGCCAACACUAUAUUGUAUGCACAAAGAGGUAGCUAUCGCGGUAAUAGUUACAGAAAUAAUUAUCGCGGUAGAGGUAAUAGCCGGGGUUACUACCGAAAUAACGGCUAUAACCAAUACUACCAAAAUAAUCAAAAUAACCAAAACAACGGUUAUAACCGCAACAAUAACAACAACAGAGGAAACAACCGUGGCGGAAACAACCGCAACGGAAACAACAACGGGUCAAACCGUAACAACCAGAACAAUGUCCGAUUGGCUCAAACCAAUUCGGAAAACCAGACAAACCCUUCAGAUAUUUAG